AUGACGUUGCCUUAUGAUCAAAGAUGGACAGACGCCCGUAUUUACGGGCAUUUCCCGGACGAUCUUGUCCAGACCUUCUCUCAUCAGGCUCCUGAUCUCGGCUGGAGCGGCGCAUCUGCAGAAAUUGCAGAAUUUGAAGGGUCUGUGCCCAAUGAUGUACCUAUCUCAUCCUACCUGGCGCCUCGCACCCAGGUGAAUGUCUUGGCAAUGCAGGGAGGCUCUACUCGUGCCACGUCAACUAGCGUACCCCACCAACAGGGUACCUCAAAUCCUACAUUUGCGGAAUCUUCGAAUUUCCCAUGGCAAUCAGCUGUAAUUUCUCGGGGGCGAAAUAAUGCGCGGAGCCAAGCUAGAGAAAGUCAAGUUAGCUGUUCACCGCGGCAUAUCUCCAACGAUCCAGAGUGCGGAGGUGAUCCAGAGUUUCAAUGCAAGUGGGAAGGCUGCAGCUACCAAGGCACUUUCAAGCGGGAAUCCUCCCUUGUUCGCCACAUUCGGAAUUUACACAUCAACCCUCUUGCUCAUCCAUGUCCAGUGCCAGGCUGUGGCAAGUUUUUCAAUCGUGUUGAUAAUCUGCUUCAGCAUAUGCGAAACAAUCACUAUACUUAUUAA